AUGACUUUCGAAGAAGCCGAAGUCGGCCCGAAACAAGUCCGAUUCAAGCUUGUCCGCAUUGGGAGGAUAAGUUUCUCGCACGACUCUGCAGUUCGAUUGAUGUUCCGGGAAUGGACACUUCUGGAUGAGGAGAGAUUUGAAGCGCGACUGCUUAUGAGCACUACCGUCACACAUCAACUGAUGGAGCACACAAGAGUCAUCUACAAGAAAAUUUAUCCAUGA